UUCAAUAUCCGUUUUAAUUUCCUUCUAUUUCCCUGUUCUGUGUCACAUUGUAAACUGUCAGGAAAAACAUUGAAAAUGAAAUGGCGAAUUCUAUAUAGAACAAAUUAACAAUAUGUAAUCAAUCCAAUCAUUUUUGAAGUAAUGAAUUCAGAACAAAGAGCUGGGGACCAUCGCCAGCAGCCACGAACGCGAGACCAAUCAAAUUCAGUUCACCCUCAUGGAAAAAAGCCAAACAAGAGUAAACCUAAACCGCUCUAUUUUUGGGACUGUGCAGACGUGAACAAAUGGAUGAAGAAGUGGUGUGGUGCUCUGCAUGAAAAGUACGGGGAACUUUUGCUUGAACAGGAAGUGACUGGAAGAACACUUAUUAGGAUGAAUGAAAUCAAGCUAGAGAAAAUGGGCAUUGCAAAUCCAAACCACAGAAGGGAACUUAUGCAGCAUAUACUGAGGCAGAGAUUAAAACAUGAAAUGACAGAUCUGAAAAAUAUGGAUCAAGAAGGAAGUGGAUUUGCACAAAGUAGAUACCAAUCUAUCAAAGAGAAAGACAAAGAUAAACAUUCAGAAAGCAACAAGAAAUAACUUCUACCCUGGCUUCUUACUCCCCUUACAAGCAUUCAUACUGUCACAAAUCUAUUUGCAGAGACAUCCUUUUUCACACUUGAAAUUCAUCCUACUUCAUGUGAUUUUUUGGUAGAUUGUUGCAUCAGAUAUUUUUUUUUUAUUUUUAUGAGUAUACAAAUAUUAAUUUUUUACAAGUAUUCAUAUUCACGUUACUACAUGUAUGCUUAAGAAGGUGCACAUGGAAAGAAGUAAUCUUAGAUUUGCAUAUUGUAAAGAUUAUGGUAUCUGUAAAACACUAAAAUCAUUUGAUUCAAAAGAGAUCAGCACUUAAACUCUUUGAUCUAUCAUUUUGCCGGUAUUGAUGGGGGUUAGGGGGUGGGUUUAUAAAAAUCUAUACACAGACAGGUAUAUAUGAAAUGCAAAAAUAUAGAGCUCAUAUACAUUGUUGUUUUUAUUUACAUGUAUAAGAAAUGGAAAUAUAGCUUCUGAAGAACAAAUGAUAAUGAAUACAAGUACAAUGUACCAGUAAACAGAAUGUUUAAAAAAAAAAAUGAAAUAGAUACAUUGUAUUCAUAUUUCAAAGAUUAAUUUUUACAUUAAAAUAUAUUGGUUGUAAAAUUUUUGUAUUUGAAUGAAUGUUGUGAGCUUGCUUUGUAUUUUAAAGAAACAUUAUGUUUACAGUGUAAUUAAUUGAUCCCGAUGGCAUUUGAUUUUUUUUAUCGAUAUAUACAUUGUAACACAUUAUUGUAUUGGAAAGCACAGGUUGGUCUUGCUUCUACUAUCAACUAUAAAGUUUCAAGAUCAUAUACAUAUACCAAAGAAAUACAUGUAGUCAUUUUUCAGUUUUUGCUAAAUGUGUAAUAAAUACAUUUAAUUAUCUUUUACAGAAAGCUGAGUAGUAUUUUUCAAGUACACAAUUAAUGUAGUACUUGUAGUUUAUGUACAAUCAUUGAAAAUGCUUUUGUAUUGUUUAACAUUUAAGGAAUUAGCAGAAAUAUUUUGUGUUCAGUUAAUUAGCAUCUCUUAGGAAAUCAGUCUGCAAUACUGUAUGUUUAUUCAUGAUUUACUGGAAAAUGUUCCCAAUGCAGGUCCUGGUAGAAGGCAUGCAGACAAGUUCAUAUAUCAUCAAAGCAUUUCUCCAAAUAUACAUUAUGUUGAGUUUUGAUAUGAUUGUGUAUGAUUUUGUAUUAAAUUUUGAUGACAAUUCAGUUACAAAGUACAUGUAUGAAUCAAGCAAGAAUUCAUUUUUAUUUACACGAUUUGAAAGGCAUUAAAAAGUUAAUUGAAAACUGAAUGACUACA